CCAGAGGGACAGAGCGGCUCUGUAGCUCAGUGCAACCAGUGCUGGCGGGGCUCAGGCAUUCAGUUGCGACCGUUUCUGUCAAUAUCUGUUCUAUCUGCUCUAUUUCACCUCUGACAAUCGCUGAAGGAUCGAUAGGUCUGAACUGGAGUUUGUCGCUAGCCUGAUUUUCCCUCUUCGAGUGCAACCAUAUGAAUUACUCCCGACGCGUCGCCAUUUGGUUACUCGCGUUAUCUGUACAAAUUAUACAGGCAUGUGCGUAUUGCGGUAGAUUGGAGAUGAUAUCCGUUUGGCUCCUGUUUUUAAAGCUGCUGAGAGCCACAGCUGGUGUGCGAAGGUCAUAUGAAAGUGAACUAAAUGACGGCAAAACCACCUCUGUAAAUCAGAAACAAAAAGAGCAGGAAUACCUCUCUGAAACAGUCACCAUGGAGACCAGCCAGCUUUCAGAAAUGGCUGAUCUAACAGACUGUAAAAUGGAUCCUGGGUUUACAGAGGACCAGACGUGCCAAUUCACUGAGGAGGUGAAUGAAUGUGUUGUCACAUAUUUCUCAGAGUGCCUGGAUACCAAACAGAGCAACCCACAAGAAGAUCUGUGUGGGCAAGAAAACAUAGCCAUAACUAAUGGAUGUGAUAGCUCAGGUGAAUCUGAUGAAAGCAAAGACUCUCAAGAAGGUAUUCUGGUCAAGGUCAAUGAACAAGAUGACCCAGACAGCAGAGAGUCUUUGGCCUUUGAGUCUAAUGAAGUCUCCCUUGUGAACAACAAACCAGAAGAAGAGAUGGAAAUCAAGAAUUUGGAUAAUGCCCAGAAGGAAGAUCCUGAUGAACCUGAAGAGAGGGUGGAAGCACAAGACAAUUCUGUUCUGGAAGGACAAGAAGGAUCUGUGCUGGAAAUACAAGAAGAAUCUGUGCUGGAAGCACAAGAAGAAUCUGUUCUGGAAGAACAAGUAUCUGUUCUGGAAGCACAAGAAGAAUCUGUGCUGGAAGAACAAGAGCAAUCUGUGCUGGAAGCACAUGAAGAAACUGAGCUGGAAGAACGAGAAGAAUCUGUGCUGGAAAUACAAGAAGAAUCUGUGCUAGCAAAACGAGAUGAAUCUGUGCUGGGAGUACGAGAUGAAUCUUUGCUGAAAGCACAAGAAGAAACUGAGCUGGAAGAACAAGAAGAAUCUGUGCUGGAAAAACAAGAAGAAACGGAGCUGGAAGAACGAGAAGAAUCUGUAUUGGAAGCACACAAAAAAGCUGUGCUGGAUCAGCAAAUUAAUGAGCUUGUGAUUUCUGUAGUCCCAUCUGAAUCUUGUCCGGAUAUGGAUCGAGAUGACCUAAGUGACUGUCUGCUUGUGGAAAUGGCCAUCAUUUCAUCAGACAGUGAUGUUGAGGAGCCGUGGAGGUCUUUAGCUCCAUCAGCUGUUGAUAAAGAAGAUAUUGAAGAGAACGGUGAUCUCUUGGGUAUGGAUGAAGCAGUAAACUCAAAAGACCAAGCAAGGCAGGAAGACAAUGAGGUGAUUAAAAGCAAUGCUGAACUUGAAGAAGUAGCUCUGGCUUUGAACAUUAAUGAAAGUGAGAUUCUAGAACAACCAGAGUGUCCCACUGAAUGUGAGCUGCAAGAUAUUUCUUUGGAGUCCUCUUCCCAGUACUGUAGUUUAACAAAGAUUGCAGAAGAUGAGGAAGAGCUUGGUAAAACCUCAAAGCACAACCUUCAGCGUCUGUCUUGUUCAACUUCAGAGCUUGACAAAAAGUUGCCAAAAGACUUCUGUGUGGUUCAGGAAAUAAAGAGUGAGAAUGUCAGCACAGAGCACCUGGAUUUCAGGGUGGCUCGCAAGCAGUGGCAGAAGAUGGAAGAGCAAACAAAGGGUCUGGUGCACCGGCCAGUGAUGAGGCAGACAUUUUGCCAGGGUGGACACAGCUUCAUGUACACACCUGUCCGCAACAUUGAUCGCCCCAAAAGAGACCCUGACAUUGAGACUCUUGGUCUGGGGGAUUACCAGUACACUCAAUUCAGCCCCUGUUCAGAGGACUCUGGUCUAGAUGAUACAAGCUACAGGUCUCCUUAUGAUGAGCCAGAAACUCCAGUGGAGAGAGAGAUCCGCGAAGCUCUCGAGCGAGAGGAAAAUUUCAGACGAGAAAGAGAAAUGGCAAAGAUGUCUGUUGGUGACACUAUGCAAGUUAAACCCAGGCCUGGUGUUCUGCACCAAAGCAGGUCAGAGCCUGGAGAUAAAGGACACAUAUUUGACACUCCAGAGGACAGAAGCAGAUCUCAGAGGUCUCCUAGUGCAAAGACUCCAACUUUGUCUGUCACUGGUACAUCUGGAAAAAGUCCCUCGUACCACGAAAUGAUUGCCAACAAUGUCAUUAUACUUGAUCCAGAUUCGUACCCCACCAGCCCACAGAGCCGAGGAAAAGGAGGGAUGCUUUCUCCAGGGACAAGCAGCUUCCAAGAAUGGCCAUCAGACAUGAAUAAAGUCAUUAUCCUGGAGACAUCAAAUCUCAUCAUUCGAAGUGCCUCAGAAUUCUGCCUGAGCUCUGCAUGUCAAGAGACACAAGAGAGCACCUUUCAGAACAACCCAUUCUUCAAAUUGCGCUCCCACAGCACCCAGUCUCUGGUGGAUCAGGAGAUCAAGCUCGUGAAGCAAAGAGAAGAGGAGCUUAGAAGGCAGAGAGCACAACUAUAUGUAAAGGAGAGAUACGACACAGUCCUUGUGUCCCCCAACCAACUGCAGAAUUUCACUUAUGAGAAACCAGGAGUGGUGCCAGCAAAAUCCAAGUCAUCCCCCUCAUCUCCAUCAAAGACGCGCAAAAUGGAUCGCUCCGCUUUGUCCUGCGACCACAAGUUUUACAGGUGAAGCUUUCUCCUUUAGUUUCCUGAGGCACCUUACCCUCGAGUCAGACGGAAAAGUGCCCUGGCCCAGAGGUGGGAAGCAGGUAUCUUUGCCAAUCAUCAGCAACAAGACUGAGUGAUUUGCCUAUAUGAAGCACAAAUCAAGUUUCCAUUACAGUAUAAGCAUGUGCAAGUAGUUUUAGAGUAAAACAUUCAUUACUUAUACAAACCUAGAAUUUAAUAGGUGAGUAAAAUAUUCACAACUGAUGUCAUACCUUUUUCAGUUUUUUGAAUGCUAGUAUUUCACUCUGAAUUUUAUCCUGGAUACACUUUUAUAUUAUUGCAGAAGAAGAAUUUAUAGAGUAACAUAAUCCUAAAUUUGCACUAUGUACAAAAAAUUAUGCCAAACAUGAUUGAGAAAUGAAUUAUUCUAAUUUCCCAUUACAUAACAUUUUUAACCAUAUUAACCAUAAAGUGAAGAGCAGAAACAAAUAAAAAUACAUUUGUAUUUGAUUUAAUCUGAUCAAAAGUGCAAUUUAAGACAGGAGAAGACCGCUGCUUGUAAUGUCUAACAGAGUAUAUUGUGGAUGUAGCUUCCAGAGGUGCUACAAGAAAAGUAGCUGGCUUCUGUACAAUAAUUACAUUGUGAGCCUUUUAAAUGUUUUAUGCUUUUAUUGUCUGAAUAUAAUGUGAACAUUUAUUCUUCUGUGAAAAUAAUUUGAAAGAUGUGUGAAUUUUAAUUCAUAAUAUUCAUGUUUGAAAUGUCUUAAAAUAUAUGAUUCUUCCUUGCAGGAUGUUUCUGAUGCAAAAUACUGUUCAAACCUUGAAUAAACUGAAACUGAUAAUGA